AACAUGGAACCUUGUAGAAGGAAGAUCAGCAUUCAUAAAAAACAUAAAGCAAAAUGCAUAUCUUGUUAAAUGGUCGCCUAGUGGUGAGAUAUACGUGGUGGCUAUAGCUAACAAAGUUGAUAUAUACGAUCUGGAAACGGCUUCUAUCUCUGGUACCAUUGCUACAGAAAAGAGGAUAUCUUCAAUAAAGUUUAUCACUGAUUCCAUACUUGCUAUUACAGGAGAUGAAGAAUUCGUACGAUUAUUUGAUUGUGAAUCUCAAAAAUGCCUUUGUGAAUUUAAAGCUCAUGAAAACAGAAUCAAAGCAUUGUACAAUUUCAAAAUGGAAGGGUUACACAUUCUAGUAACAGCAUCAAGCGAUGGCUACAUUAAGGCAUGGAAUCUGGAUAUUGAUAAGAUUGAGAAUGCUCCAUCAUUGCUAUGUGAGGUCAAUACUAAGGCCAGGCUUACCUGCUUAGCAGUAUGGCUCAAAAGAGAUUUUGAAGCAGAGCAGAUCCCCGUUGAAGCCACAACGUCUUCAUCUCAGGUACAUGAAGCUGAGCAGCCAUCACUUAAGAAAAAGAAAAUUUGUUGGACCGAUAGUAAUAAACCCUCAGAGGGAGAUGUCCAAAAACCCGUUCUAAAAAGAAAAUCAGGAAACAUGCAACAAAAGAAGUUACAGAGAUUAAAAUAAAUAUGUAGUCGUAAUCAUAUCUCAUACUAAAUAUAUAACAAGGAACCAAUGUGUUUUUCACUUUAAGACAUUUUUCAUUUUUAGUACAUUCUUAAGAAUAUUUUAUAUAUUAAUGUUUCUAGGAAAUAGCUAUUAUAUUUCUGCGAUAACAAUACCCAGAUCUUUUGACUUCUGUUUUUAAGUGUGAAAAUAUAAGUCUCAAAUAUUCUACAAUGUAUGUGAAAUUUCCUGUUCUAGUAUUAUUUAAGUUAAUUUCCAAGUUGCUAAUAUAUUUUGAUAUUUACACAUAUUUUCAGGUUUUCUUAGGUUUUUUCAUGGAGGCAUUAUUCAUAUAAGGAUUUUAAUUACCAGAGUAAAAAUGAAUA